AUGAUGACAUGUCCCUUUAACUUCAACAAAUUGUUUGUCUCUGCUCCUCCAAAACGGUGCCUGAGUGAAAUCAAUAUGAGCUUUGAUGACCUACCAGUGGAAGUUAUAAAAAUCAUUCUUGACUAUUUAGACCAAUGGUCAUUGGUCCAAAUGCUUACUUGCAAUUCAUAUAUAUUCCAAAUGACAAAGCCAAAGCUAUACCAGGAUAUUCUUGUUUAUGAUAUAGCUUUUCACAGAAGGUUGAAUUUGAGUAAAGGUUUUACAAGCCUACCCAAGGAACUACAGUUCAUGAAUCCCGAAAAUUACACGAUUUUAUCCACAAGGAAUUUUUUGGAUCUCAUCAGUCGAUAUACAUUUGAACCUAAUUUGGUGAAUACAAUUUACUUUUACCAUUAUGUUCCUAGCAAACAACUCUUUUCACAGUGUGCAAAAUUUGGCUGCAAAAUAAAGAUUAAGGAUCGGGACGUCGAUUCUGACAAUUCUACCACACGUUGUCAUUGUGAGAUGAAAAUAGGAAACACAAAUGUUGAUAUUGAAGGAAGCCUCGAUUAUGUGCUUCCUGAAUUAGGUAUGUCAUUUCCAGAAGAUUUAAAACACAUCACAUCCUUCAAAGGUCUUAGUCUCAGACAUGCCAAUGAUCUAAAUUGUUACAAAAAGUUCUUCCUGGAAUCCACGGUAGAAUUUCUGUUCAAGCCCAAUGUAGACUUACGUCAGCUCAUCAAGAGCCAUGAUAUCCGAUUUCAACCAGAGAAAUUGAGUUUAGAAAGGGGCAGCUGGAUUGCCUUUGACAAACUUCAAACUGCCAGCACCCAAAGUCUAAGGCUUUCAGAAAACGAAUGGCUAAACAAAAAUUGGCCAUCUUUGAAAACGGUGGAGCUAGGAGAAAACUUGAUGAAGGGUUACGCUCAGGAAUUUUGGAAGCUGGCACCCGAAGACCAGUUAGAAGGUGUAUGUUGUAAUUGCAAAAGUUGCGAAUACGACGACUCCAGUUUCUUGGACUUCACCAAAAUGAACAGUGUAAAGUUCUAUGGGUGGAAGUCAUCAUCUUCGAUUGAAUACUACUUGGUGUUGAAAUCUCUGGAAUGUAGGGAGUCACUUUUGCUGGAGACCGAGAACCAGAUGGUUAAAAUACCUAGCUACAUCCUGAAAUUACCCAGUUUGAAAACUGUUGCUUUCUCAGAUAGGCUUUAUUGGGUAAAACAUUACGAUCGUACAAUGGAGCUCAUUCCAGUCUUUGAAGACUUUGGCACCAGCUCGAUCUAUUUGCUGGAGGCAUUCAUUUGAAGACGUUCUUUUUGGCUUGAUGUCGGUUACUGACAAGGCGAUUAUGUUUAUGUAGUGUAUAUGAUCCAAUGGAAUACGGAAGCUUGAAAUUUAAUAAUCCACUCAAUGUAGGCGUUCACCUUUCAUUUGAAUUGGUUACUUCAAGUGAAAAAGAUCUUUACAUAGCCGGAUGAAUCCAGUAACCACAAAACUUUGAAGAAAUAAAAAUAUGCUAAGCAACCAGGGAAAAAGCGAAGAGCUAUAGGGAAAUGAAUGAGCUGGUAUAACUAAUUUCGAGUCUAAUAAUUUUGAUUUCAAUACACUAGAAACGUCUAAUAAUAUCGUCGACAACCUGUUGGGUAGUGGAGUUUCCUCCCAAGUCUGGAGUCUUAAUAGAGUCCUCGGCCAAGUUGGCAUCAACCGCUUCGUAGAUAGUCGCAGCCGCAUCGGUAUGUCCCAUGAAUUCCAACAUUAAGGCAGUAGAUCUGAUGGUAGCAAUUGGAUUGGAAAUACCCUUUCCUUCGAUGUCUGGAGCCGAUCCGUGACAUGGCUCACCUAUGGCGAAGUUUUCACCAACGUUGGCAGAAGGAACCACACCUAAAGAUCCCACCAAAGCAGCGGCACCAUCACUCAAGAUGUCUCCGUAUAAAUUUGGAGCAACCACCACAUCGAAGAUUUCGGGUUCUCUGAACAUUCUGUACACCAUAGAAUCCACAAUCUGUUCCCUGUAGGCAAUGGAGUCAUACAAGCCGAGGUUGGCAUCAUACACCAGUCUACAGAUUUCUCUGAAAAGACCAUCUGAUUGCGACAAAACGUUACUUUUAUGGGUGACAGUCACAGAAGGAGAUGUGUGCAAUCCGGUGGCCGAAGACGCUUCUCUGAUGGCCUGUCUCUUCAAAGCGAUGUCGUAGGCCAUUUUCGCGAUCCGGGUGGUGGCUGUCUCGGUGAUUCUCUUGAUGGCCUCAGCAACUCUGGUACCGUCAGCAGCCUUGUAUGUACGUUCUUCCUUAAUGUACAAGUCUUCAGUAUUUUCUCUGACGAUUACCAUAUCGACUGGUCUGCCAAUCCCUUCAACGCUCUUGACAGGACGAACGUUAGCGUAAAGACCCAACUUCUUUCUCAACGCAACAAUAGGGGAAGAGUAACCUUCCACCUUGACAGAGGGAGAAGAGACGGCUCCAAAAAGAGCACCAUCACAUUCUUCUUUCAACACUUUGACGGUUUCAUCGGGCAAAGCGGUUCCGGUUUUCUGGAAUAAUUCAAAUCCAGCAUCCAAAUCGACAAAAUCGAACUUCAAGCCAAGCUUAGAAGGUAAGUUUUCCAACACCGCUCUUCCGGCGGGGAUGACUUCUCUUCCGAUCCCGUCACCAGGAAUCAACCCGAUCUUGAUGUUUUUCAACGAGGUGGAGCUAGUAGAAAAGGCACGAAUGGUUUUGGAGAACAUUGUUUGCAGUUUAUCUGGGGAAUGAAAAAGCGACGAUUUUCCAGUCAAUUUCG